AACUGAAGAGGUCCUUGUAUGCGUUAUUCUCACAGUUUGGUCAUGUGGUCGACAUUGUGGCUUUAAAGACUAUGAAGAUGAGAGGACAGGCUUUUGUUAUAUUUAAAGAACUUGGAUCGUCUACCAAUGCUUUGAGACAACUACAAGGCUUUCCGUUUUAUGGGAAACCAAUGCGUAUUCAGUAUGCAAAAACAGACUCUGAUAUCAUCUCUAAAAUGCGUGGUACUUUUGCCGAUAAGGAAAAAAGGAAGGAAAAGAAGAAGGCCAAAUCUCUGGAGCAGUCAGCAAAUGCAGCAAAUAAAAAGGUGAUCCAGGGAGCAACACAAAAUUCAGCCAACGCCCCGGGGACUGCAGCACAGAAUCAGCAGGUGCCUGAUAACCCACCAAACUAUAUCCUUUUCCUUAAUAACUUGCCUGAGGAAACAAAUGAGAUGAUGCUGUCCAUGUUAUUCAAUCAGUUUCCUGGAUUCAAAGAAGUACGCUUAGUGCCUGGGCGCCAUGACAUUGCAUUUGUGGAGUUUGAAAAUGAGAAUCAAGCAGGAGCUGCUCGAGAUGCUCUCCAAGGAUUCAAGAUUACUCCGUCUCAUGCCAUGAAAAUCACUUAUGCGAAGAAAUAACCGGAUGCUCCUGUAAAGGACUUCUGUGGAUAGCUGGUUUUUUAAUACGAUGAUACUUUGAUCAGCUAGCAUGUUUGCUGUUCUCUGCAGAAAACUUAAGACUUGUGUAAAAUUGCCACAAUGGCCAGGACAGACGUAGGAUUUCCACGGUUCUACUGGAUAGUAAAUUUUUGUGUUGAAAUACUAAUUUUUUAUAAAAUAAAUUCAGUUUAUGCUGUUCU